AUGGGUAAUGCUUGUUUUGGGAAGAGUACACACAACAAAGGAGUGGUGCACCCUAUAGCAGUUCACCGUGAUCAAGGCGUGACGAUCAAGGUACGAAUGACUAAAAGACAACUCAAGGGUUUAAUAGAGAAGGUGGAUAUGAGCAAUGAUAUGGAGGAUGAUACAGAAUUAGGUCGUUUGAUUGUUCAAGAAUGCUCUAAAGGGAAGCUUCGUGCUCGUGUUGUUACUGCUGCAAAGGGUGAGAAUGAUCAUUCAUACAAGUUUUCAAGAGGACAACAAGGUUUAAGGCCAAUUCAAGAAGAUUUUGUGAAGAAAAAUAUCAUGAUUCAUGAUGUAUAG